AUGCUAAAGGAAUCAGUGCUUGUGCUUUACGUCUCAUCGCUCGCUUCGGUCGGCGUGGCACGAAUGUCUUUGUCACAGCCGCAAUUGUCCUUCGCAUGUCCUCCACUGAAAGCUCAUGAAAUUGAUGGCCAAAACUGGCGGGACAAAGCAUCGUGUAUUGAUUUCGAAACACACGCUAGUAAAAGCCCGUUGAUAAUCUCCAUAACAGCAAGUGAUUUUCUGGAUCACCAAGUAGAUUUGAAUCGAUUUGGACCCACCAGUUGCGAACGAGGUAAACAAUCGUUGGAUCUCGUUAUUGCGGCGAAGAACGGCGACAUUUUAAGAUCUGUACACAAUCUUAAGAGUGGAUCAAAUUUCAUACAGCUUCAAUCUACCACCCCCAGCUCAUAUGUUUCAAUGUGCUUUUUAAACUUGGUGUACGACGGAUCUUGGAGAUCCAUCGACUCGCACAAGGCCGUAACUCUGGCUUUGUUAAAAGACCAAACUGCGCAGCCCGGAGCGCUGGACGACUUUACCAAAGAAAUGUGUGACAAUAUGUUGGAGUCUGCUGAUUUAUUGUUUUCCCUAGUGGAUAACCAAAGUGGCCAGCAAUUGUUCCUGUGGGAGCAUGAGCGACGCGAUUUGAAUGAGAGCACUUUUUCGUGGCUUUUUACAGCCCAACUCAUACAUCUUGUUUCCUUAAUCGUGGCCAGCUGGCUGGUGGUGCGGUACGCAAGGGCCAGCCAAAAAGCGGCAUCACUUACAGGUAAAACCAGUUGA